CCAUUUUAACUCAAACCGGUUCUAACCCGCCCAAUUGCCAGCCAUUCGACUUCAAGCUCGCCUUUGUUAACGAACGAAAACCCUAGCUUUUGCUUACCUUUAUCCUUGAAGGAAGAGCAAUGAAGGUUUUCGAGGUCGACGGAGGCACUCUCUCUCUCACCCUCUUCACGGAUGUCACAAACUCCAGAGAACUACUGGACUUGAUGCAAGCUGGAACCCUGGAACCAGAAGUGGCAUUUCUUAAUGCAUCAUUGAUCCCAGAUGUCUUCCCUAUUCUAGCAGCUGCACAUAAGACGCUUCUGGCCAAGCAACGAGAAUCCUUGAAAACACGCACCAUUCAUUCUGAGCUUGUCUACAAUUAUUCAGGCUCCAAGCAUAUCACAGAAUCCUUGAAAAGGUGUGGCAUCUCUGAAAGCUCUACUUACAUCCUCGUGGCUCGUUUUGGUGCUUCUGUUGAUGAGAUGGAAGCCAUCAAGAAACUAAUCAAGGGUAAGGAGAUUGAUAUGGAGGAGUUGCUAGGGAGAGCAAACCAAACCCAGAUACAAAAGCAUUACAAAAUACCUGGCCCGGAAUUGGGUUUGUCCACCCUGGAAGAUGCUAUUACAUGCAGGAUUGCUGCCCGGGAUGCAUUGUGAAAUAGAAAAUAGUUGCUUCAGUUAAGUUGUGGAUAAUUUUGAAUUCAGGCACGCCAGUGCAUUGUUCCAUGAUUUUCUGGGUUCUAAACGUAGAAGGGCUGAUGAAACUUUGGGUUGUAAGAGAAAUUAAGAGAUGUUGAGUUUCUUGUUAGACUUGUUUUGUUAAACAAAAGAGUCGUGUAGAUCCAAGAUUUUACUUUGUUCUUACUCGUGUUGUUAAGCCUGUAUGUCUCUGUUUUGCUGCUGUUAGUUUCACUUAAAUAAGGUCAUGGGGAUUGUUAAUUAAAUUGUCCUUUUGGA